GUGGUAUUUAAAUAAGCCGCAGUAAGGAGCCGCAGUACCUGUGGUCUACUGAGAUUCUGUGCAGCGGUGGGACAUCGUUUUAAAAUCAAUUUGCUGAAAUACGUAUAAUUUUAUAUCCAAUAUUUUAGAUCAAGAGAAGAAGUAAUUAAUUUGCCGCUUUAGUGUUUCAAUGUAAGAGAUAAAGUGAUUUGUUUGUGUGGGUCCUCCACGUUAUGAAUGAAAAGCUUGCAUUUUUAUGUUUCAAUUGAUUUUUUUUUACUAAUUUUCCUGACGACAGUGCAGAGGUCCAUUUACUAAAGCUGAAUGCAUUUUUCAAGCUUUUUCUUUUAAGGCAAAUAAAGGAUUUUGGUUAACUGCGGAAAAGCCCUGCUUUCUCUCCUGCUAAGCGUCUCUACUGAAGCAAAACAAAUAAUUUUGUAUAUUUUACAUGAAAUAUUGUAGUUUGGCCUCAAAAAUAAAAGCAAAACACAAAAACCGUAGUACAUAAUUUUGUUUUUCAUCAAGAGCAUUUUUAAAUCAAGUGAAAGGUAUACACUAGAUUACGCUGCACCAUGUUCAGCUGGUUGGGUAAUGAUGACAGGAGGAAGAAGGAUCCAGAGGUGUUCCAGACUGUCAGCGAGGGUCUUAAGAAGCUCUACAAGACCAAGCUGCUGCCCUUGGAGGAACAUUACAAAUUUCACGAGUUCCACUCGCCAGCCUUGGAAGAUGCCGAUUUUGACAACAAGCCCAUGGUCCUGCUGGUUGGUCAGUACUCCACUGGAAAGACCACCUUCAUUCGGUACCUGUUGGAGCAGGAAUUCCCUGGUAUGAGAAUUGGUCCAGAACCAACAACUGACUCCUUCAUAGCAGUGAUGCACGGUGAUGUGGAGGGGAUAGUCCCAGGAAAUGCCUUGGUUGUGGACCCCAAAAAACCUUUCCGGAAGCUGAAUGCAUUUGGCAAUGCUUUUCUUAACAGGUUUGUGUGUGCCCAGCUCCCAAACCCAGUGCUGGAGAGCAUCAGUAUCAUUGACACACCAGGUAUCCUGUCCGGGGAGAAACAGAGGAUCAGCAGAGCUCAAGAGGAGGGUUAUAGCUGGCUCCGUAGAUGCCCGUAUGGAGGCUAUGACUUUGCUGCGGUGCUGGAGUGGUUUGCGGAGAGAGUUGACCGAAUCAUUCUCCUGUUUGAUGCCCACAAACUGGACAUCUCGGACGAGUUCUCUGAAGUGAUCAAGGCGCUGAAGAACCACGAGGACAAGAUCCGUGUGGUCCUGAACAAAGCUGACCAGAUCGAGACACAGCAACUGAUGAGGGUCUAUGGUGCCUUGAUGUGGUCUCUGGGGAAGAUAGUCAACACUCCAGAGGUGAUCCGGGUUUACAUCGGCUCCUUCUGGUCUCACCCGCUGCACAUUCCUGACAACCGCAAGCUCUUUGAGGCAGAGGAGCAAGACCUCUUUAAGGAUAUUCAGAGUCUACCCAGAAAUGCUGCUUUGAGGAAGCUGAAUGACCUGAUCAAGAGGGCAAGGCUUGCUAAGGUUCAUGCCUACAUUAUUAGCUCUCUGAAGAAAGAGAUGCCUGCUGUGUUUGGAAAAGAAAACAAGAAAAAAGAACUAAUUGGCAGUUUAGGGGAGAUCUACAGCAAGAUUGAGAAGGAACAUCAGAUCUCUCCAGGGGACUUCCCCAACCUAAAGAAAAUGCAGGAGCUGUUACAGUCUCAUGAUUUGAAUAAAUUCCAACCCCUUAAGUCCAAGCUACUAGAUAUGGUGGACGAUAUGCUGGCUCACGAUAUCGCCCAACUCAUGGUGCUGGUGCGGCAGGAGGAGACUCAGAAACCCAACCAAGUUGUGAAGGGUGGUGCUUUUGAGGGCACUAUGAACGGCCCCUUCGGCCACGGUUAUGGGGAAGGAGCAGGAGAAGGCAUCGACGAGAUUGAGUGGGUGGUGGCCCGAGACAAGCCCAUGUAUGAUGAGAUCUUCUACACCCUGUCGCCCGUCAACGGGAAGGUGACAGGCGCCAACGCCAAGAAGGAGAUGGUGAAGUCCAAGCUGCCCAACACCGUUCUGGGCAAGAUCUGGAAGCUGGCAGACAUUGACAAAGAUGGCAUGCUGGAUGACGAGGAAUUUGCUCUGGCUAACCAUCUUAUCAAGGUUAAAUUGGAAGGUCAUGAGCUGCCAAGUGAUAUUCCUUCCCAUCUUAUUCCCCCUUCUAAGAGGAAAAUCACUGAAUAAAAGGUUUUG